AUGUACCAACACUUGGAAAGUAUCACCCCCGAGAACUCGUGCCGCGUAGUUGAGUCCGGUCAAGGUUCGGUUUGGAAUUUGAGGGUCCUGAUCGCUGUGGAGGGUAUCUAUCCUGUGGAGGGUAUCUAUCUGUGGCACAUCAAGUCUGCCAAUCCGUGGAAUACCUUUUGGGAGAUGAUAUGCUGCUUGCUGGGCCGUUAUCUGUUAGUCCCGCGCUUGGGAUUGUGCUUGAUAGUUUACGGAAUCGGCCUGGUCAUGGGCGUGAAAUUGAGUGCAUUCAAUCAGCUCUGGAAGUAG